AUAAAUAUAAAAUUAACGAUAUUCGCUGCAUAAAGUUUUGGAAUAAUGUCGGUUACUCAGGAUCGUCCCGAGUUAUAUGAAGAAGUUAAGCUGUAUAAAAAUGCCCGAGAAAGGGAGAAGCAUGAUAAUCAGGCAGAUCUGUAUGCCGUAGUAAAUACAUUGCAACAUUUGGAAAAGGCUUAUAUCAGAGACUGCGUUACGCCAAAGGAAUACACUGCAGCAUGUAGUAAAUUGUUAGUGCAAUACAGAGCAGCUUUUAAGCAGGUACAGAGCGAUCAAUUUCCAACAAUCGACCUCUUCACCAGAGCAUUCCGUUUAGAUUGUCCUGCUGCUCUCGAAAGAAUCAAGGAAGACAGACCGAUCACGAUUAAAGACGAUAAAGGCAACACUUCUAAGUGCAUUGCCGACAUUGUUUCGUUGUUUAUUACUCUUAUGGAUAAAUUACGACUGGAAAUCAAAGCCAUGGAUCAACUACAUCCAGAUUUAAGAGAUCUCAUGGAUACCAUGAAUCGUCUCAGUAUAUUACCCAGUGACUUUGAUGGCAAAGAGAAAGUUUCAGAAUGGUUACAGACACUUGACAAUAUGUCCGCCUCGGACGAAUUAUCAGAUACUCAAGUUAGACAAUUGAUAUUUGAUUUAGAGACAUCCUACAAUGCUUUUAAUAAAAUACUUCAUAAUUCUUAA